AUAUGAAGAUCAAUAAUAGCCUAAUUAUUAUGCUAGCACUUAUAUGUGCUUCACUUUUUCUUGUUUCAGCUCUAGCAGUUGAUGAGACUAAAGCAAAUGAAGGCCAACUAAAUGCUGAAACACAAGGCCACGGCGGUGGCGGAGGCCACGGUCAUGGUGGUGGCGGUCAUGGAGGCGGUGGUCAUCAUGGCGGUGGAGGCCACGGAGGUGGAGGUCAUGGUGGUGGAGGUCACGGAGGCGGCGGUCAUGGAGUCAACCACCCUUAAAUGAAGAAUAUCGUCAUAAAUUAAAGAAUUUCGAAUUAAACUACGUACUCCAUCCACUUUUUGUAAUUUAGUCAAUAAUAAAAACUAUGUACGUACGUUUUUAAUUUGAAGUUCUAGCAUAGCCUAAUGAAGUGGAAUGUGUUAUGUGUAAUGGAAAUGAUAUAGUAAAAAUGAAAUAAAUAUCAGUAUGUUUUUUCC